AUGUCACUGGAUAAGGGUGCUCCAACACAUCCAAAUCAUCAUUAUACUGCUCAAGAUUUUGCAACAUUUAAGCACUGUAAAGCUGACACCACAACUGAUGUAGGUGAAGAAUGUUCUGAUUUUUACAGUAUUAAAAAUCCGACAUCGGUCACUUUAAAGCAAACUUCAACUCCAUCGCCAAGUUAUCCAUCAGCUAAUUCGUGGCCUGGAUUUGGUGGUCGAUAUAUACAUGGUGCUGAAGAAAUUCAAGUCCCGACCGUGGACUCUAGAAGAUCACCUUCCACUGCAAAAUGCGAUUUCACUUUUCGACAGAAGCUAAGGCGACGUGUUUAUGUUUUUUCGUCAAAAAUGGCAAAUGAUGCUGUUAUUGGCGUACGACAAAAGAAAUUUGAAUCAAUCAUUGCUUGGCAUGAAGCUAACUGUCGGCCAAGCACUUCAAAGGGUUCUUUCGUGAGUGAUAGUCAGGCGGUGCCUUUGCCAAAUAAAAAGCGUUGCAAUGUGCAAGACAUGCGGAUGGGAUCACCGAUGACAUCAUGUGGCACACCCUCGGUUUGCAGUCCAUCAUCAAGCACUCUGCUCCCAGUUCCGCAUAAUAUGGAAUUGAAUGGUAAUCCAUCUGGUAAUCCUACAGAAAUGACUUCUGCAGAACUCCUCAAUCCUGAUGAUCAAACUGAUAUUGGCGAUAACCCAUUAAGGCGUAUGGAACGUAUGACGCAGGAUUCACUCUUCGAGCCUCCCUCAAAAUUAAGUCGUACAUCUGCUGAAAAUAAUUAUCCUGCAAGAAGGGAGCAAGAUCGCAAUGCUAAAUUAGAGAAAAUGCGAACUCUUGAACAGCAAAUAAUGUAUGACAAAGCCAGAACAGAAUGGGAUCGAAUGAUGCAUGAACAUGAAGCAAUUAAAAUGGCUCGUGGUUACAUGCCUCCUUUGAUGGCAAAUUGUUCCCAAGCAUCAAUUCCUUCCCCUUUUCCAUGUAAUUUUCCUAGUCAAAAUGGUAUGUUGAUGCAAGGACCAUGUCGACGAGCAGUUUAUCCACAACCAAUGCAUUCAUCUGAACAACCGACUUCUAUUUCUAAUAUGAACACUCCAAUGAUAGUCCCAUUACCGCAGACCUCGGGUCCUAACAUGCCGAUGUCUCAACCUUUAAGGCCAUCUCUUAAUCCCACUGCUUGUAGUAUGCAGUACACUCAUUGUAAUUUCAUGUGUUGUCCAUAUCCUCAGAAUACAUAUCCCACUGCCCAAAAUUACCCUGCUGUGAAUGGUUCUGGACCACCAUGUUUUCAUCCUAACUUUGUUUCGAACGGUGGUAAUAUUCCAUCGCAGUCGAAAGAGUAUAGUAUGUACCAGCAGGGAGCUCGAACUAUGUGCCCACCUGAAAAAUUGGAUUGUGAUAUGUGGAAUAGGCAGAUGCCGAUGAUUCCUGCAGAUUUUGAAACUUCGUUUUCUGAUCAAAAAAUGCAGUAUCACAAUAAUGCAAUAAUGAAUGACAAGCUAUUGGGUGCCGUUGCCAGUACGAAUGCUAUGUUUGCUUAA